AUGGCUGCUAAAUCACGUAUGCCCAUCUGGAUUGGUGUGGGUGUCGUAGGCGCUGGCGCUUAUUACCUUUACAAUGCUGGAGGAGAUUACAAAAAAGCGACAAGAAACUUCGAAGAUGCCAACUUCCUGUGCUCUCUAGAUGAUGCCUCCAGGGCGAAACACAAGAUCAGAGGCGAUGUUGGCAGAGAUGCCGAGGGUGUCGGUGCUCGUGCUGGAGCUAAAAUUGAUGAAGGAGCAGAUAAAGUGCGCGACGCCGCGAAACGCCUAGACCAGCGCGCGACAGAUUUUGCAAAGGAGAGGGCCAACGAAUUAGAGAAGGCUCGACAGGAUACCUCCAAAGAGUUUCAUCAGAAACUCGACAGUUUAGAACGGGAUGCUGAGAAGAAAGCCGAGGAGGCAAAAAGCGGCAUCUCGUCCUGGUUUGGUGGCGGUAAGAAAGACGAGAAAGGGCUAGCUAUGCCCGCUACAACUUUGCGCAACCGCGCACCCAAGCGAGCUCAAACUCUCCUUCCACCAGCGCGAACGAAGCAGGCGGGCAUCCAGGGCUUUGCACGGACAGGCAAGGCCAAUGCGGGAGCAAAGGCACUUGCGGUUAAGGAUGCCGACUCUUCUCUUAAACGGAAAUUGCAGCCCACGGACAUUGGCGAACCUGCGGUAGAUCCAAGACCAGUGAAAGAACGAAAGACUUUGAACCCUCGCGCAACGAGGUCAAAUAAUACAUCUGCGAACGAUGGCUCGAGUUCAGAGCUUGAACAGAAAAAGUCGUUGGCUCUGUCACCUUCCAAUAAAGCUGACCACACACUCAACAAAUAUCCAGUUGAGCCUACAACCUCUACAAGUACUCCGAACAAAUAUCCCGAAAAGGAGAACCGUCCUUCCUCCUAUUACGAACUCAUUGCCCUAUAUUCUUCGUUUUUGCAAGCAUUAUCGUUGCAUUUUGCACACAAUGGAUUUACGUCUCCCGCCGAUCUUCAAAGCUUUCUUCCGAGUGUUGAACGGGUUUGGAAAAAGCGCAAGGUUCUCACUACUGAUAUUCAAAGAUUAUUAUAUAUCAAAAACAAUGGGAUGAAAGGCGAGUCCCCACUGGGAAGUCAUUUAAGACUAAUUGAUUAUGGAGCAAGAAUUCUUCUUGAGAAAGUGGCAGUAAAUAGCCACAAAAACGGUUCCCAAGGGCCCCUAAAUGAAGAUGAACUCAAAGAGCGUUUUGAGGAGAAUCUGGAACAUAUCUACUUGAAAAGUCACACCAAAACACCCAAAUUUGACUGUAUGCAAAAUAUUCCCUUGGCACCGAUUUAUUCGGUUCCAAAAGCUUUUCUUUCAAUAGGACAGAAGAAAGCCUCGGGGAUAAAGCUAGGGAUAGUUAAGCCAAAAGCAACCGAGAUAAUCAGCGUUAGUCAGGAGAAAACGUCUCGAGUGAAAUCAUGCGCGGCCGAACGACAAAGCGGGCUCUUAGAGAGAAUCAAGAGCAAGGCACUUCGUCAAGCGACUUUGACUCCGCUACUAUCGAAAGAGAAAAUGUUGCAACGAGCUGCUGCCAGCCGCGUCCCGGAUAUUAUCAAUGUAUUACUCCUGCUGGCUCCUGCUGCGUCUACCGGCCUGGAUAUGUCUCCAUCGCAUGCUAAAAAGGCUUUUAAGCUUGAUACAGUUAUUCAAAAUAUCAGGGAUUCAAUGCGUAACCCUGUCUCCAAAGAAGAAAUUUCCGCCAGCUUGGAAAUCCUCGCUCGACCCGAAAUUUCGGGUAAUUGGGUAACUAUUGUGAUCGUUAAUUCGAUCAAGUCAGUCGUUUUAAGAUCGUCGAGAGAUAUCUCUCCACAAAUUAUAAAGGAUAAGGUGUCAAAACUAAAUUUUUGA